AUGUCGCGUAGUAUAUCUGUGAAGGAGAUUUCGCAGCACAAUCUUCCUUCAAACGUGUGGAUAGUGGUAGAUGAUACAGUUUACGAUGUAACAGAUUUUGCACCUGAACACCCUGGAGGUGCUAGCAUAAUUCUGAAAUAUGCCGGCCGCGAUGCUUCCAAAGCCUACUCCGAAAUACAUGCACCCUCUUUGAUAUCCUCUUCGCUUUCAGCCUCGAAAGUGAUGGGGACAGUUGAUCUCUCUUCCAUAUCAGACGAAUGGAUCAAGCCUCCACCUGAAAUAUUGAAGACUCUUGCGCCGGGUUUUAAGCCCUCUCUUGAUAAUCUAAUAAAUACUUACGAUUUCGUAUCAGCGGCGGAAUAUUUCCUUACGCCCAAAACGUGGGCAUUUUAUUCCUCCGCCGCUACGGACCUUAUAACAAAAGGCAGAAAUACUUCGGCAUAUGCGAACAUUGGCCUUCGACCUAGGAUACUGAUAAAUGUGAAACACGUCAGUACAAGGACUUCAAUGCUUGGUCACGAAUUGGAUGUGCCAAUAUUCUGCUCACCAGCAGCAAUGGCAAAGAUGGUACAUUCACAAGGAGAACGAGAGUUGGCUCGCGGGCUGAAAUCUGCGGGAUUGGCAAUGACAGUCAGCACAAAUGCAAGCUUUCCAAUCGCGGAAAUAUUUGAGGCUAUUUCUGAUGAUCGUUCGCAAACUUCAGGCGCGGGAAAGCAGCUCCCCAUAUUUUUCCAACUUUACGUUGAUAAGCAGAGGCACAAAUCCGAAAACCUUCUGAAAAGUGUUGAAGCUCUUGGUGUCAAGGCAAUAUUUGUGACAGUCGAUGCUCCGGUCCCGGGAAAGCGAGAAGCAGAUGAAAGAGUAAAGGCAGAUGAGAGCAUGUCUACUCCGAUGAGUGGUGCAAAAGCUAAGAACGAUAAGAAAGGCGGUGCAUUGGGAAGAAUAAUGGGUGCCUAUAUUGAUGCUACACUUUCUUGGGGCGAUAUCGCCUGGCUACGAAGAUGUACGAAGCUUCCUAUUUUGUUAAAGGGCAUACAAACCUCGCUAGAUGCGAAGAUGGCGCUCGACCAUGGAGUGGAUGGUAUUUUAAUUAGUAACCAUGGUGGUAGAAGUCUGGAUACAAGUCCAGCUUCAAUACUGGUUUUGUUAGAGUUGCAGAAGAAUACACCAGAAGUUUUUGAUGGAAUGGAAGUUUUCGUUGAUGGUGGGAUUAUGAGAGGGACUGAUAUUUUCAAAGCAUUGUGUCUGGGUGCAAAGGCUGUUGGAAUUGGCAGGGGGUUUCUGUUUGCUCUUGGAUGGGGUCAGUCGGGCGUGGAGAAAUAUGUCGAGAUUCUCAGAGACGAAUUGGAAACAACAAUGAGGAUGAUGGGUGUUACGGAUAUAUCGCAAGUUCACCCUGGAAUGCUGAAUACAAGAGCAGUAGAUCACUUGAUUCCAAACGGAGAGGAGCACCAUCCGUAUGCUAAAUGGAGACCAAAAGCAAGAAUUUAA